AUGGCAGAAGCAAUGAACGGCCUUCACAGAGCUUUCGACGAGAGAGGCCUCACCAAGUCUGAAAGAAGAAAUCUCAUUCUUAGAGCUCGAACCUGGCUUCUAAGAGAUGUGGAUUGGAUGAGGGUGGGCAAGAAGCACAUGAGGGGGUUGUCAUCUGUAACCUUCGAAGGACUGAUUGUAGCCAUGGACACACAUCUACAGAUACAGAGUUAUUUGAGCAACAACGAAGGUGUGUUGGGUGAAAAGGAGUAUGAGUUCAAUGCACGGACGCUCUGCACAGACAGCGUUGAAAACCUCUGGUCUUUGAUAGGUCAUUUGAACAAGAAAGAUUUCUUGAGGAAAUUCAACAAAGCAUGCACUGAGCUCUCAAAAAAAUUCGAUCCCAAUCUGCCUUUUGUGUAUGACCACCAAAAAAGCGAAUCAUUCUUGGAAACCACGCGGGGAGAAGAAGCUUUUCAACGCUGA